GCCUAAAUUAAAUAUGCAUUUAAGCAUGAGUUUGAAGUUGCUACGCUAGUAAAUCACCCAUGUGUCGGUCUUAUUAAAUAUAUAUAUAUAAAGUAGAAUUUAGAAAGAUUUUUCCUUUAAAAUGAUUUAUAUUUUAGGUUUGCAAAUUUCUCUCUGAAAUUAGUACUUAACUUUAUUAAAGUGACUUUAUUAAUUUUAAACUAAAAAAAUUAAUACAAUUUAAGAAACCAGAAACGUCAUUUUAUUUUUUAUUUAAAGUAAGGGGGCCUGAGUUUGUUUUUCCAUUUUCAGUAGUCACAAAAGGUGACAAAGUGAGUAGCCCUGGCAGUAGAUCUGAGUAGAGAGUAAAUAGUUACUCACACAUUUGAGUAGGAACUAUUAAAUUAACUGAGUUAUGAGCUGAAGUAGCAUAGGGUGUAAUACUGUAGUCAGUCAUCAUCAUUCAUUGAUUCAUAUUCAUUGUAAUUGUAGGCUUGUGUCUGAGUCUGUGUUAAUUUUAAAUUAAUAAAUUACUGUAAAAUAAAAAAAAAGACAAAAUUUAAAAUGCCUAAUUUUAUAAUUCAAGUAAUUCUAAUCUGUUAAUUAAUUAUAAUCUAAUUAUUCUAAUUCUAGUCAAAUGAACUCUGAUGUCACUACUAAUGACUAAUCAUAAUCAUGACUUACUACAAGUCAUGAUGUAUUUGUAAGUUUUGUGGUGUGUGAAUGAAAGUUAAAAGUUAGUAGGCUUUAACUUAAGCAAUUUCAUUUUUAGGCUUAGGCACUAGGUACUUUAGCCUAAAAAAAUAAGGCCUCUACCUCUAGUCACUCUAGUCAGUGCUAAAACUUAUUUAAAGUAAAGUUACCCCUAAAUCAAGUUGAAAUUAUUGUAGUUGUAGUUUGAUUGAUAUGAAUAUUAGAAGUUUGCAAGGAUAAUCACACGACACCAAGCGAACUGUCUAGACCUAGAGUCUAGAGUGGCUAGAUCCCAGACCUCAAUUAGAACUGAAAAUGGGUGAUACUACUGAUGUUGAUGACAAUAAAAGGUUAUUUCUUCCUGUUAAUGACCUAAAAUUCAAAGGUUGGUGUUAUGAUCAUUAUUAAAAGUAAUCCUUUCCUUGACUAUAAAUUAAUAUCAGGGCUGUGGACUGAGUUAUUAUAAAUAUUUCAAACCUUGUUCUUGAUUCCUGGUGAUUGAGAUUGACUUGCAUAUUUUCAAUUUGUACAUACGAUUAUAAAAUAUGAACUAAAGUAAAGAAUGACACAGUUGUCAUCAACUAAAUUUCAUGGCAUUUUUACUCGUUCUAUUAAGAGUCUUGGUCUUAAUAUUUUUUAACAUUAAUUUAAUCAAUCCACAAAAAUCUACUUCUCUUAAACCUGCAGCCUUGACAUAAUUGAGUCCUACUUUAGCCUAAAAUAUAUGUAAAGCCAUAUCAUUUAUACAAUUUUUUUAUUAUUUGUCACAUUACAUGUAAAAUUACGGUUAAAAUACAAUUAGCAGUUUUUACUUAAUUUUGAUUGCAUGUGGAGUUGCUAAAUGAUGCAGUGUUUUGCAUAAAUUCCAUAAAUUUCACCAAAAUGAUAAAUUAUACCAGACUUAAGAAUGGAUUUUAUAUCAAAAUAUUGUAUAUACCUUUGACAGUGGGACUGUUUCUAAAACUUAAGCUAGCUGGAGUUUUUCAAACGAGGCUAUUACCAGGGCUUUUUGUUUUCCUUUAGUUAGCAUUUGACAUUUCCCAAUAACUCACAACAAGGCAGUAUAACUUUUCAAACACUCCUGAACACUUUUCCUACUAUUUUUACAAGUUCAAAGACUUUUGCAUUCAGUAUUAGUCAAUAAAGUCUUAACAAAUUUUGUAUAUUUAUAUCCAUCUUCCACUUAUGUUAAAAAGAUGUUAAGAAGUGGUAAUGUUUUUUGUUUUUUUCUAUAAACAUAAAUUUCAAUUAAUCAAAUAUGGAUUGAUUGUGAAUUAAUUUGUAUAUAACUGCAGAUCUUUUAGACUGGGAAAAUAAAGAAGAAAGAAACCAUCGCCUUCAAAUACAAAAACAUCUUAAAGCCCAAGGAAAAGCUCAGCAAGAUUCUGUUUUUUUAAAUAGUGCUGAUCUUCACAAAAAGUGUUUUGGCAAUGCUAUCACGCUCAAUGAUGAGUCUAUUGCUUUGUUCAGGCUAGGAAAUAAAGUCUAUGCCAUACAGGCGUUAUGCCCCCAUGCAGGUAAAUAUUUUCUUGAAGUAAGGGAAUUUUUUAAACUUUAUAAGUUUCCACAUGAAACAUCAUGCAGUUACAGGUGUGACUUUCAGGAAAUUUGACAUCCCACAAUAAAUACAUAUAUAUUUGUAUAUGCCAGAGGUUCUUAACCUUUUUGCUGCACUGCACCCCUCUCUAUUUCAAAAUAUUUCUCAUACUGAUAUCCUCUCUUGAUUCCAAAACAUUCCCACACCCGCUCUCAAUUUCAAAACAUUACCUACAUCCAGAGGCAUGCAGAGAACUAUUGGGCCACGAGCAAAUCCAAAAAUUGAGUGCGAAAACAUUCAAAUAAUUGUAUCAAAAGUAACUGUAUUUUUAAAAAUUGUCCUUUGGAACACCAAAACAGGUAGAGCCCCAAGUGAUUUACUUGGUUGCCUCUGCACGGCCCUGGCCGAAUCCCCCCCACAUGCCUAGAAUUAAAAAGAUGAGUCCUCAGUAUUGAAGUCAGCAAAAGCCAAUGCAUGGCGGCUGUUUAUAAAUUGAAGAUAUCAUCAACCACCCCUCUGACAGAAAAUGUCCUGAAUAUUAUAUCCUUCUCUAUUGGAUAAUUUUAUACUACUCUGACACGGAAAUGUCCUGACUAUUAUACCUUUCUUUAUUGGAUAAAUCUAUACCCCCUCUGACACGAAAAUGGCCUGACUAUUAAUACUAUUGUAGUAAUUAUACCUUUCUCUAUUGGAUAAUUCUAUACUUCUAUAACUCAUACAACUUCUGAGUCCACUCAUACUAAGUCAUACACUUAACAAAAUUUUAAUGGACUAUUUUUUUGGCUUUAAUUUCAAUUUAACCCUUGUGAUUGUACGCCGCUUUGAAAUCAGUAACAUUUAUUUUUUUUUGGGCACCUGGAUUUUUUUUUCCACCUCUGCUGCAGUGAUCUAAUCUUGAACAAAAGUAUUAGCUUGUUAAACCAAAUCUGAAAAUUUUUACGAUUGUUAAGUUGGAAGUAUUUUUAAAAAAAUAUGUAUUCUUCAUAAGAUGAAUUUAAAAAGCAUUUUGAAAAUACACUAACAAUGUCAUGAAAAUUUUUUGGUUCUUUUCCCCCCUCUAGGUGGCCCUUUGCAUAUGGGUGACAUUGAAGAUUUUAGCCCAGGUGAAGUGUGCCUUAAAUGCCCCUGGCAUAAGUGGAAAUUCAAAGUUGAUACUGGAGCCAUCCUCUCACCAACUGGCCAAAAUAUCACAGCAAAAACAUUCCCAGUAAGAGUGGACAACAUAGGAAAUAUAUUUAUUGGCUUUGAUUCAUUAGGACCAUCAUAUUUUGAAAUGGACAGCUAGCAAGGAGAAGUGAAUACCGGUACUUUUAUCAUAAGAUUCUGCUGAUGGUUGAAAUGUCCAUUGACAAAUUUUAAUUGUCUUCCAGCUUAAUAAAUUUGAAGAGUUUUAGAACUUAUUGAUUGAGACACAUGCAAAAGACAUUUAGUCAUAAUUUAAUGAGAUUACUGUACUGUAUACUAUAUGAAGUCAUGUUGACUAGCUUGAAGAAGAAAUUAGAUUUAUUGCAUUUUGAUCCGAUAUUCAACAUUAACAUUAACUGUUACCAGUACAUACUACAGUAUAAAAAGGCAUAAGUGAGAGGUGGUGAGCCUGGGAAUGAUGUGUCUACAUUAUUUGAUAUUUUACCAAAUUUUUAUUCUUAUUUAUAGAGUGUUCUGUGAAUUUAAUGAUGUCCUCAUAAAUCAGCCUUCUAGGCAAGUCACUGUUUUUUUUACCUAUACCAAAAAGACUUGAGCUACAAAACAACUGCUAUUUUUAGAAAAGUCUGGAAUAGCCAGCACCUACAGGAUGGUCUAAGCGGACUAGAUCAAUUCUGGAAAGUGAAAUAAACAUUUUGAGCCUGUUUUUGUUCCUGAUAUUCAGACAAUUUUGGUCAUUCCAUUGUCCCCCAUAGUGCCCAACACACAACCCUUGUAAAAUUUUUACAUUCUUGCACAGGGUUUUACCCUUUGCUUGGAUUUUUAUUUUUCAAAAGUGUAAUUUUUUAAAGCAACAGUCCAGAAUUGAAGUUUUAAAGCAUGUAAAUAGUUGAUACCGGUAAACAAAUGGCAUUAUUUUUAAGCGUACAGAAAAUGUGAUCGAACAAUAUUUAAGGAAACUUGUAUCAAUCUUAUUUUCAUAUAUGAGAAUUAAAUUUGCUAGUCCCGUUUGAAAUGACUUAAAAAUCAUAUGUUUUUACUGUUUGAUCCCUUUUAUUUUAAGAAGUUCUUGCUUUAUGUUGGAGUUCUUUUUGAUGUUGGUGUUGAUGAGGAGUAUAGUUGUAUCUAUUAAUAGUAUUAAUGAUGAAUCAAUGCCCUCAGUAUGUUAAGUCUUUAAUGUGCUGGGUAGAAAAUGUAUUUGAUGUAAUUUAAAAUUUAUGUACUGCUUCACAUUGGUUUUACCUUAAACUUUAUUUUACUUAGUAGAAAUUUUAUGAUUGUAAUUAUUUUUAGUAUAGGGCUGUGGAGUCGUGAUGAUAUUAAAAUUUUAUGACAAUUUUGGAGUCCCAAUUUUGAAUGAGUUUAAGCAAUUUGUCACUCAUUCAUCAUGACAAAUUUGUAUUUAUAUACAUUACAAUAACUCAUAAUGAGAAUACAGAAAAUGAAGG